AUGACUUCAGAGGAAGUAGGGGCGAGUUGGUUCAAGUGGUUAGAGCGCAAAUUUACUGACCGGAAGGUCCGUGGUUCGAACCCGACCUCUGUCUCUCGACUUCCCCUGUCUAGGCUUGGGCAACCUGACGGUAUCUCAGCCCUGAUGCUCCCUUUGGGUGGCAUGGCAGCUGGGCACCGGAAGGGUGUUACAGCUGAGCGAUUUUUUUACAUUUGGCAAGAAAUAAAACGGAAUAAAAAAAUGGCUGAAAUAAGCCAGUACUCACAGCUGAGUUUCGAUGGAUCCAACGGAAUAAUCCCUAGAGCUUCGAUGAACCCUCGAAUCCAUGUUCCCAUUUGUAACUUGUCUGGAGCAUCGAACAAAAUUGCCAAAGCACUUUGUUUCGGAACAGCCAAACGCAGAGCUGCUUUGUGCUGCCGUGCCACCCGAUGGAAGCAUGAGGGAGGAUAUACUGUCAGGUUGCCUAAGCCUAUACAGGAGAUAUACAGUCGAGAUACCGUGGCUGGAUUAGAACCAAAGUUAUUGACGGAAAUGUCCUUAGCUCAGUGGUUAGAGCGCGAAGUUGGUCACCGGAAGGUUCGUGCUUCGAACCAGACCUCUGCCUCUAGGCUUUCCCAGUCUAGGCUUGGGAAACCUGGUAGUAACCCAGCCUUCGUGCUUCCUUCAGGAGGCAUGGUAACUAGGUACCGAAAGGGUGCUACAGGUGAGCGGUUUGAGGUAUUCUUAGUCAGCCAUCUCGAGCUCAUUUGA